GCCCUGACGUCACACGCCCGCGCCGCCGCCCGGGCACCCGCGGUGGGCGCCGCGCGUUUGCGGCGGUGACGGUCAGCGGGGUCGGCACGGAGCGGGCGGGGGCGGCGGUUCUGGGAAAGAUGACCACCCUCACACGGCAGGACCUUAACUUUGGACAAGUUGUUGCAGAUGUUCUUUCAGAAUUUCUGGAAGUGGCUGUUCACCUUAUCUUAUAUGUCAGAGAAGUUUACCCUAUUGGGAUCUUUCAGAAGAGGAAAAAAUACAAUGUACCUGUCCAGAUGUCCUGCCACCCGGAGCUGAAUCAGUACAUCCAGGACACACUGCACUGUGUAAAGCCACUGCUUGAGAAGAAUGAUGUGGAGAAAGUUGUAGUUGUAAUCCUGGACAAAGAGCACCACCCUGUGGAGAGAUUUGUCUUUGAGAUCACCCAGCCACCUCUUCUUUCCAUUAGCUCAGAGUCCCUGCUGUCCCACGUGGAGCAGUUACUGCGUGCCUUCAUCCUGAAGAUCAGCGUGUGCGAUGCUGUGCUUGACAACAAUCCCCCAGGUUGCACCUUCACAGUUCUGGUUCACACACGGGAGGCUGCCACACGGAACAUGGAAAAGAUCCAGGUGAUAAAGGACUUCCCGUGGAUCCUCGCUGAUGAGCAAGACGUGCACAUGCAUGACCCCCGGCUUAUUCCCCUGAAAACUAUGACAUCUGAUAUCUUAAAGAUGCAGCUAUAUGUAGAAGAGCGAGCCCACAAAGGCACCUGAUUUCAAAUCUUCCUUGCCUUCAAGCCCCAUCUGAUCUUCCAGUUGAAUAAGAUAUCUCACAAACCAUACCUUGAUAACCAUCUCUUCAGCUGGCCUUCUGGGUGAAUGUAGAGCAGCUGCUGCCUCUUUAUUUCAAGUGCUCUUACUGCUGUAUAUAGAACUGACUUGGAAUGUGGAGCCAGAGCCUGUUCCCAUGUACGCUCAUGUGUGAGAGUGAGUAUAGGUUUUGUUACAGUGAAUCCCUGGGGGCAGGACGUAGCCAACUGCAUUAUGCAGUCACGCUUUGUACAAAUCCAGUUCUCACCUUAAUAGGGCAUCGCCUUUGCACAUUGGUAGCGAUGUACAGCAGUCUGUUGUAUGCUCCACUAGAGCAAUGGACUCGUACUAAGGGUGAGUGAGGCCUUACAUAGUGUCUGUCCACUGUGACUGUCCCAAGUAGUCUUCAAUAAAUACUGAAGUUUUGCCUCAGUUGAACUAGGCUGAGUUCUGUCCAAACCAGCCUCCCCCCUUAAGUGAAGAAGUAUUUUUAUGUUGUAUGGAGCUUUGAAUUUUAUGCAGAGCUUCCACCACUUUUCCAUACCUUUUCUGGAACAUAUGUGGAAUCUGUCAGUUCCCAUGAGAGGCUAUACAACCUUGGUCUCUUCUCCUUUCCGUGGGAGAGCUGUCACCCACAAGUGGCAUUAGCAAGGUGGAAUUUGUCUAGCAAGGACACUUGCCAGAUGUCCUACUCCUAACAGAACAGACAAAGGAAACACUGUUAAUCCUACACCUAUCAAAGGAGGAGGAAGGCGGCCUUAGUGUAUGCCUCUAUGCAUACAGGGGUAGAAGACAUGGUUCAUGGUAUUUGAGCUGAGCUUGUUGGUCAGACAAUUUGGUAACACAACCAGUAUAGUACCUCCCUGCUUUCUCCAAGUUAAAAGUGCAAGAAUACUAUAGAUCGAGGUUGUACGCUGCUUUAACAUUUUAUAUAGGGUUAGACUGUUCAGUACAAACCAAGUACUCUGGUAGUACAAAGGUAGUAUGGAAAAAGCCCAGCACCAUCAAAAGGCACUUAUGUUGUAAGGUAGCUACCUUAGGGGAUUUCUUAUCUCCUCUUUCUCUAGCUCUUUAUUCAAACAGUGAUGGGCUGUAUUUGGACAGGGAAGUCAUGUACUAUUUUGAUCAUAUACACUUACAGAAAUGGUAAGGAAUUAAGUAUCAACAACAUAGCAUUUAUGAAAAAGGGUUGGCAGUUUCCUUACGCUAUGAAAGGUCUGAUGUGAAAGAUACAUGUUUUUAUACAUAAUUAAACUGAAACAGGAAAAUACCAUACAAAAGUCGUCUCUCUGUAGCAGAGCCAUUGAGGACAGCAUUGGUAAUCUGAAAUGUAACAUUUUAGCCUUAUCUUUCCUAAGUUCCAUAAACAAACAAGAAAAGGUUUCUAUUUAAGAUAGUGUUUGGCUGUAACACAAGGACAUAUUAACUAGAAAAGGCAGAUGUCAUAUGUAAUUGUCCUAGUCUUCCUCCUCUGGAAGGGCACUAGUAAUUGCAGUAACAUCCAUGGUACAGGAGGAUGAAAGAUGAAGACGGAAGUCCUUCCAAAGGGCUGGGCCUGCAGAAGUUCUGCUGUGAAUAAGGAGAACUAGCUGCUUGUAUGCAAGACCAACUGUGCAAGACAAAGCUAGGACACACAUCCAGAGAGUACAGACAAAUAAAUGCACCUGAGACCACCUGGUUACAGUCCUGAGGUAAAAGCAAACAUUUAUAUAUUGUGCCUUCAUAACAAUGUCAGGGGCCCAAUGGUGAUGCUGCUGUUUGUCACUCGGAUCCCAUACCAUCCUGCCCAGAACUGGGUGUCUUGGCCUCCGUGCUGAAACCAGAUGUAACGAACUCCAGCUGGGUAAUUCUGGAAGGUAUGAGAAAUCUGGAGAGAAAGAAGAAAAUUCCUUUUAAUUUGCUUAAAUAAACCAGCACUGACCUAGAAGCUCAGACAAUUACAGUAUGUGAGUCUUGGUCCCAGAAAAAGGUCAUUCUAAUAUCUUUCAUUGGAAGUGCAUCAUAUCCCUUUGAGGGACAGGAAAAACCCCUUUCUUAUUCAGCCUUCUGCCCUGAAAUCUUCUCCAAGUCAAAUGUAACAUUAAGCUUGAUUCUUAGGUACGUUUGUCACGUACGCAACAACAUACUGGGGAAUCCACAGCCAAUCAAACCAGUUAAACAUGUUUAGCAGUUUAAGUAAUGUCUGCAAUACUUUAAAUGACAUACAUGCUGUAGUAUAAAACAAAGCUUUUUGAUCCAAUAAAAACUUGGUGUUCUUGUAACU